CUUUAAACAAAAAAGAAAUUAAUUCAGAUUUGUAAAAAUGUCUACUCUAGUUGAUAAAGGUUAAAGAGUACAUAUUCUUAACUAGGAGAUUACCACUUUCAGGUGAGAGCUGUGUCUGUCUGCUGUAUCGGAUGAAUGAAGUUUCAAUGUCAGUAGAAAGCCUCUGACCUCCUAAAAACAUUAAGAAUUUGGAUUCCCAAAAAUCACCUCCCCCCCCCUCCUCCUAAUUUCAGUUUCCCUAAAAGCAAAAUGACAUCAUCAAUAUGAAAAAGAUGAACGAUAAAUAUCUCAUGUAUUACCGAGGUUCUAGACUCUACACGGUUGAGGUGUAAUAUAGACUCUACACAGUGCAUAUAGUAUUGAGAGGGAGGCCUAAGGCUGGCCUCUACUGGGCCUCUAGUACUCACUAUACACCAGGAGUACUGUCCUCUACUCAGUUCUAGGAUAAAAUGACUGGAAGUUAUCAAACUGUGUUCAGCAAAUAAUGCUGCCUAAGAAGAGAAAGCUAGACCUAGCAGAAUAUGGAUUGGAGGGAGGAAGGAAUGGAGGGAGGAGGGAAGAGGAGGGAAGGGAGGAGCAAGGAGAGGGGAGAGAAGAGAAGGAGAAGAAAAAGAUCACCAAGGUUUUACUCAAGGGACAGGAUGGAAAUAAAGACACAAAACCUUUCUCAACUUUAACAUCAGGUCCCUCUUCCCAAAGCAGCGUUCCCGAGGCAUUUGCAGGUGUCCUUAGUGUAGUGCAAGGGGUUCAAGGAGUACACGGAGUACAACUUGUUAAUAAUACAGUGACACAGGGUGUAAGUACAUUGCAUAGUACAACUACAACACACCAGACUGGGUCUUCAAAACCCGCAUUUCAAAUUCCUACCAGCCACAACCUUCAAGGUUUAACAAGUGGAAAUAAGAUUUUAACAAGUGGAAAUCAGAUUUUAACAAGUGGAAAUCAGAUUUUAACAAGUGGAAAUCAGAUUUUAACAAGUGGAAAUCAAGUGUUUACAAGUAUUACCCCGGUGACUCAGGUCGGAAAUGGCGGGAAAAACUUGUUACCUGUCAGUUUAGUGUCUAGCGUAAACAUCACUAGAUUAUUGGACACAGUUGGACCCCCAGGCACAAAAAUUGGACCCCUAGGCACAACUAUUGGAAUUGCAGGAACAAAUAGCAGAUUUGUUGGGACUGGAGGGAGUACAGGUUUAACCACUGUGUACACAACCCUUCCACUUUACCCGCAUUUACUCCAGCCUGUUCAAGGAGUACAUGGGGUACAGGACAAGUGUACAGUUCUAGGGGUUCAGGGAGUACAUGGAGUACAAGAGAAGCAAGCUGAAAACUAUGCGAUAGUUGACCUGUCCUCUAGAAAAGCGAGAGAUGAUCCAGGUUCAGCUUUCACCAGGCCUUGUAUUCAAGCUAGAUCUGAGAAACAGGAGCUACCCUACAACCUUGCUAUUUCCAGACCUGAUCAGUUUAAUCAACCUGUUCCCACUACACACUACUAUCCUGCUCCUGCUUCGACUGUUUCACCUGCUUCGAGCAAAGGUUCCCCAUAUGGAUCUUCCAACUCUGCUGCUUCUUAUGGAGCUGUUUCUAGUUCAACCCUAGCUGCUAAAAGAUCCUAUAGUUCUCCUGCUCCUCCUGCUUCCUUAACCCCCAGAUCCUAUAACUCUCCUGCGUCUCUUCACUACGCUUCUCCUGUUCAUGGAAGCAGGAGUUUUGCCUCUCCAGUGAGUCGAAUGUAUACAUCUCCUGCUUCAGUUCCUAAACUGUACACAUCACCAUCUCCUGGAAUCUCAAGAGCAUAUUUGUCUCCUGUAAAACCGGUUUCUAGGUCCUACCAAUCCUCCCCAGCAUCAAGUAAAGGUGUAUCUCCUAAAACAUCUCUUCAAAUAACUCCUUCUAAGAUGAAUCUGUCAGGGUCUAAGGUUUCUUCAGAUGAAGGUCAUGAAGCAGCAGGCUCCAGCAAAUACAAAGGAAAGACGACUUUCACUAGGUUUUACAGUGAACCUAUUGCAGCAACAAUAAAAACGGAAUCAUUUGAAUCAGGGACCACCUCUGCCCCUGUUUACCCGGUCCAGGGACCUAGUGUUGGCUACUUUAUGGACCGGGGUAAUAUUGUAGCUGUAACCAAUCCGGACUAUAAUGUUGAAAAGACCGAGAUAGUCAGUUCGGGAAAGCAGCCUGACGGGAGCCAGGGAUUAAAUUUAACUGUAAAGCGGGAGAUAAAAUCUAUUAUUGACCUGAAGGCAUGGAUUGGACACAGAGUGCUUGGUCGGAUAGGAAGUGAGUACUACCCUGGUAGGAUUGUAAGUGUACUGUCUGGUGUUGAUGUUUCUGUACAAUUUGAUCAUAGUGGAGAGAGGAUAGUGUACAGUAACCUACUCUACCCUUCAAAUAAUCCAAAUAUCAUUAGUGAUGCUAUACCUUUAACAGCACAGGUUUCAAUCGGAUCAAAGUUGUGUGUUCGGCAGCGGGUUCAGGUUCAAGUCCAAGGUCAAGGCCAAGGUCAAGGUCAAGGUCAAGAAUGUUAUCUGAAUCUUGUUCACGAAGAUUAG